AUGCUAUGUUGUAUAGCUUGUGCGAAAGACAGUUGCUGCAUUGGAUAUACAUACAACAAUUCGUUGAAACGAUGCUUUAUGAAAUCGACUCUUUCUUACUCCGAAGUCAACCACCAUGCUAUAAGCGGCCUUAAGGCAAAUAUCAAUUCUGGACAAGCAGCAUUUUUAAAAAACAUUAAAAUCGAAGGUGGCGCUGCGGCUAAUGUUCGUUUGAGGAAACCUGAAGAGUGUCAACAAUACUGCACUGCUUAUGGCAUCUAUUCAUGGUUUCCAGCUGAUUAUAGUGAUGAAAGUGAUGAUGGCCACUGCACAUGUAUGACUCGCAUUCGAUCCCUGGAAUAUUCUUAUGGUGCACAAUCAGCUGUUUUCCCUUCAUUAUCAUCAAUGGACUGA